CAUGGUUUCAUCUAGGGGGGGAAAAGGAUAAGGGAGAUGAAUACGUGAAUUUCAGGAUUGAAGUAAGUUAUAUGUCAGUUUGUACGUUAAUUUGAACACUUCACAUCCGGAAAAUCCCCCUUCGUUUUUUCGUUUUAUGGGAACGCAGCACCUCGCAAAGAUGAAAUAAAGAAGAGAACGCAGCGUAGCCGAGUCCAGCAAAAAAGAAUUGGAACAGACACGAUUUAUUUAGGUUUGUUUCGAGGUCUGACUUGGUUUUGCUUUUGCUUUUUCUUUUUUUCUUUUUCGAAGAACUUUGUCGGUAGCGGAUUAACGAAUGGUUUGUAAAGGUUGAGACAGGCUUCUUGGAAUCAUAGGAAAUACUACGUGGUUGCUUUGCAAAGGAAUCAAGACAAAUUCAAUUCAUAAAGUUGAAAACAUGAAUUCACAAAAGGAGGUUUGGGAUGACUCUGAGCUUCGAAAUGCCUACGAAGCAGCUUUAGCAGAAUACAAAAAGUACCACAGUCUUGAGGCAGAAAAGGCUCGAGAAGAAAAACAAGAAACCAACAAAGCUGGAUAUAUGGACCGUGAGCAAGAAGACUCUGGUAUGGAAUCAGAUACCAAGCUUUUAGAAAAAGAGGAAGAAGACGAAGGUGAAAUUCAGGAAGAGGAACGAAUGAGCAAAAAAGAUGUUUCGCCCAAUCCAUCCCAUGGACCUGAAAAAGAUAUUUCCAACGUUCCCAUCACUUCUUCAUCUGCGAAUUCUGAAGACGCGUCCACAAUUCCACCUCCACCCCCUAUCCUGGGGUUGACAUAUGAUGAAUCUUAUCGACGGCUUCUAAUGAGCUGGUAUUAUGCUGGUUAUUAUGCUGGCCUUGCUCAAGGAAUGCAUCAAAGUCAACCAUAAAGUAGAGUCGUUGCCAUGAUAAAUGGAUGAAUUCUUUUUGGAAAACAACCGACAAACGAAAUAAUUUAAAAGGUAAGGUCAAUCCUAGAAAGCUGCACAUUUUUAUUUUUAUUUUUUUUUUUUAAGAAAAGAAAGAAACGAAAUUACCUGCUCCUUUGAAUGUUUUGCAAUCGUUUUUUCUUGUUGACGCAGAGAGUGAAAGCUUUUUUACUCGUUAUCUUCUCUCUUUUCUUUUACUGUCAUCUUUACAAAUGAGCUAUAUUACCCUAAUCAGCUUUGUUUACUUUUUGACAACUUCUACCUAUUGCUACUAUUAAUAUUAUCAUCAUCGAUAAUGCCA